GACCGCAUCCAACCAGGACCUGAAGCCGUUGUCUCUUGUAGCAGAUCGAGCUAGCUGGUCAGUCACAUAUGCGGAAACAUGAUGUUCUCUGCGGUGCUUUUUGUUUUUGCGGCGGGCUCUGUGUGCGGACAAGUUAUUCCAGAAAGAAAACUUGCAUAUGUGACUGUGUUGUUUCGACAUGGAGACAGAUCACCAGUCAAAGCCUAUCCUACCGAUCCCUACCAGGAGAGCGCCUGGCCUCAGGGAUUCGGACAGCUAUCGCAGGAGGGGAUGCAGCAGCACUUUGAGCUGGGCCAGUUUCUGAGGACUCGAUACAAGAAUUUCCUCAACGAAUCCUACAACCGACACGAGAUCUUAGUUCGCAGCACGGACUACGAUCGCACCCUGAUGAGUGCCGAAGCCAACCUCGCAGGUCUCUACCCCCCCAGCGGUCAGCAGGUGUUCAGACCAGACCUGAAGUGGCAGCCCAUCCCCGUCCACACGGUGCCGCAGAGCGAAGAGAGGCUUCUUUCAUUUCCUCUGGGCGACUGUCCUCGCUACAAACAGCUGAUGAAUGAAACUGAACACACAGCAGAAUUUCUUAAUGUCACCACAACAUACCAGGACAUCAUAGAGCUGGUGAGGAAUAAAACUGGACUGGAAAAGACCAACGUGGAGACGGUGUGGAGUGUGUAUGACACACUCUUCUGCGAGUCCCGUCACAACAUGACCGCUCCUGAUUGGGUGACUCCAGACGUCAUGGAGAAGCUCAGGAUGCUCAAAGACUUCGGAUUUCAGGUCACGUUUGGGGUCUACAAACAACGAGAGAAGAGUCGGCUGCAGGGAGGAAUCCUGCUGCAUGAAAUAGUCAUGAAUCUUUCCAAGAUGGCCGUCCCAGACCCAACUCAGCAGCUCAAACUGAUGAUGCUGUCAGCGCACGACACCACCGUAGCUGCUCUGCAGGCCAGUUUGAACGUCUUCAACGGCAUACAGCCGCCUUACGCUUCCUGUCACAUAUUUGAGCUGAACAGGGACAACAACGGCUCUGCUUUCGUGUCGAUGUUUUACCGAAACGACAGCACCGUGGCGCCCUACCCGCUUCAGUUACCCGGCUGCUUGCUUGACUGCCCCCUAGAGGACUUUGUGAGAAUUACAAAGCUGUGGAUCUCAGACGACAGGGACCAGGAAUGUCAGCUGCCUUCACAGGGGAGGGAUAAAGAGGUCAUCAUAAGCCUGGUUCUGUCAGGAUUCCUGCUCCUCAUCCUCAUCGCCCUCCUCCUCGGCGUUAUUUGUUGGCAGAAGGAGCCAAUCAGAAACAGAGGGUACCAUCAUGUGAUCAACCAGGAAGCAGGAGUGGAAUCCUGACAGAGGCACAAACUCCUCCCUCGGAGAUCUCUAAGCCCCGCCUCCUGGGACGGCAGCAGCGAUGAUGAACUUUGAACUCUAACAAGGCCACCUGCAGAUUGUUUCUGAAAGUAAAUGCUGGAAAAUAUUGAUUUCUAGAUCGUGUGAUCCAGGCUGGAAAGAGAUGUUACGUUUCAGCGUGUUGCCUUGAGGCCUGACGACCAAGAUGCCUUAAAUUCUUCUUUAAUGGGAUGUUCAUUUCUUGUUGGGUUUCAGGCUUACAGUUCUAACUCCUUUACACAUAUUCAGGUCACAAUAACUUUCCUUUUUGGUAAUGGGAAUCUGGGAUCUUUAAAAACACUGGAAAAAUCUAAACUUCUGCACAUUAAUUAAAUCCCUGCCUUGGGGGGGAAGAGUGGCAAUGAAUUAUUAAUUAAAUGGUUUUAAAAUCCAAACUUUUUUUUUCUUUUGAACUAUGUGUCAUUUAAGUAGAGAACAUGGUUUUCAUGGAGAUCUGAUGGAAAAGCAAAUGUCAUGAAUGUUUCUUGAAUCACACAAGUGAGUUUAAACCAGGAUCUUUUGUUCGGAUCCGGAUUGUGGACCUUGAAUUAAUUUGUACAUUGCCCAUGUCUUCAGUUCUUUUAAACAUGGAGAACAUCAUUCUGUGAAUUACAUCAUGUCCCUUGUGUUUAACAGUUGUUUUUAAACAAAAUAUCUUUCUUUUUGUUGUGAUAAAUAAAUAAUUUUGAGUCUCAUUUGAAAUACA